AUGUGUGCUGUUCUUUUGACACGAAUAAGCUCUAAUUUUUUCAGGACGGCAUAUGAUUUAAACCUUAAUGAUGAUAGCUGGUCUCAAAAUGUGUUUGACAUUGUCGCUGGCAACACAUCCAUGUCAUGGGAAAGGCUGGAUGCAGGAACUGUUUUCUCGCAUUCCUUUGAGUUGGAGGCUAAGACCAAAACAGUGUUUUAUGGUGCACCAGCAGUUAUAACAUUCCGCAUCCCCACAAAGGCUGCUCUGCAGGAGGCAUACUCAACUCCAAUCCUUCCUCUUGACAUACUAGCUGAUAGACCUCCUGAGAAAAAGUUUGAUUGGGCUAAGAGUUUAUUGGCAAAAUAUGGAUCCUUGAUUUCUGUGGUCUCAAUUGUGGUUAUGUUUGUAUACCUGGUGGCAAUCCCAUCAAAAUCCAGUGUUGCAAAGGGAAACAAAAAGAAGCGCUGAAUGUUGGUUCCACAACUUGGUGUUUAUUCAAGCAAGGAUGCAUAUCAAGUUGGACACCUUCAGUUUUAGUUCUUUCGCGCCGUAGGUAUCACAGGUUACCAGUUUAGAUUUACACUGUAACGUCUGAGGAAUUGAUCAGUAAACUGAAUUGAUUUUCUCCGUAGAUUUCUAGGUUACAGAUUCACUGUAAGAGAAUGUUGAACAUAGUUUUAGUCCUUGAACAAUAGAUCAGUCGCCUGUUUCUUGAGCAGCAACGAUUCAUUU